AAUUAAUCCGUCACCCUCGCAGGAAGCGGUGAAAUUUUAAUUUAUAAUCCCCCGGGGGCUUCCCGUUCAAAGAUUGCAAGCCCUAGCCUUACAAACACACACACAACAAAACGCACCUUCCAAUCAAUCAGGCCAGGCAUCAUGGCAAUUGCAAGAACUGGUGUUUUCAUCGACGACUACUUGGAUUAUGCUAGCACAUUUCCUGCUGAGCUGCAGAGGCUUCUCAAUACCGUGAGAGAACUCGAUGAUCGUUCACAAGCUAUGAUAAAUCAGACGAAGCAGCAGACCGAGUACUGUUUGGGACUAGCUUCUGAUAGCUCCAAGAAAGGGUAUUACGAGGAUGAUGAUAUAGCUCUGAAAAAAGAGAUCGAGGAGGUGCAGAAUAAUGCUUUAAGCCUCUGCACCGAGAAGGUAUUGUUGGCCCGACAAGCAUAUGAGCUUAUAGAUGGCCAUAUAAAGCGCCUUGAUGAGGAUCUUAAUAACUUUGCAGAUGAUCUAAAGCAAGAGGGAAAAUUAUCACUAGAUGAGCCGCCAAUCCUCCCCCCAUUACCUUUAGUUCCUAGAAGUGAAAAGCGAAGAUCAGUCAAUGGGACUUCUCAGUGGAGGAAGAUUAAUCACAUGGAUAGGGAUUGGGAACAAGAGCGUGAUAGAGACCUCGAGCUCAUGCCUCCUCCAGGCAGCCUUAAGAAGGAUUAUGCCCCUAUUGAAAUUGAUCAAACAAUUGAUCCUAGUGAACCAAUAUACUGUGUUUGUCAUCAGGUUUCAUACGGGGAUAUGAUUGCUUGUGAUAAUGAUAAUUGCCAAGGAGGCGAAUGGUUCCAUUACCAGUGUGUUGGGCUCACUCCGGAAACAAGGUUCAAAGAGAAGUGGUAUUGUCCAAGCUGCAAGCAACUACCGCAGCAGUAGUGUUGUGCAUUAUGCUGCCAACAGCUUUUUAAUUCUAUGCUUGUGAGGAAUAUAGAAAUUAGAAAAUUAUGAAAAUGAUGUCUGUAAUUGUGGAGUAGAUGAGGAGAGUUUUUCCUAUCAACGGUUUGCACCCGCUAAGAAUUGGCCCAAUAGUAAUCUUGUAUCAGAUUGAUUUCAGCUCUCUUUGGCAUUUGCACCUUUGAAAACCGAUUACUUCCUCAGUUCCAUGUAAA